AGAGACGAGAUUGGUUUAAUCAAAAACGGAACGAAGCCCAAUAAAUCCUUACGAUAUGUAUAAAAGGGAAAACCGUCAAUGGCAUCAAACGAGCACUUCAUUCAUAAAUCGUGGCCGUAGAAUGGUUGAAUUAAUUUUUUACCUACAUAGUCUGGCUGUUUGCUCUUUGGUUACUGUUACUGCUACUGUUGAAGACAAUGCUGUUAGUAUUUGCGACAUUAAUAAUAUUGAUAAAUGCCAAUGUAAAAGGAUGAUAACAAAUAUAGAUGCCUAUUCGCCUUUUGUACCCAUCAAAAAUGAAAACCAAACCAAUCAUAUUUUAAAUGUGUCAUUUUAUGUGGAAGGCAAUAAAAACUGGCACAUAUCAUUCAGUCAAAAUGAUCGAGUGAAUUAUCGAAAUCGUCCAAGCUAUGAAAUUCUGGCCGAAUGGAAUAGCACGCGAAUAAUAUUCACUCGCAAGAGAAGCAUAUUGUCUGAUGUGCUUGUGCCACCAACUAUUCCAGAUUUUGCAAACAAAAUAUUUCCAAUAAAUAUACAAAUGACCAAAGCUGGAUUCAUUUAUCUUUAUUGCGGGAAUAGUUUAUUGAUGCGAACAUUUGAUCGAAAACCGUUGAGUGUAGCAUACAUGAGUUUCAGUUCGGUGAAGUCAUCUCGUGUAAAAUAUUAUUAUGACUGUUAUCCAUCCACAAAGUCAUCGCAACCACCGUUAUAAUAUCAACCAUUAAAACUGCCAUGCCACCUUCACCGUUUACAAAAUCUACAACCGAAUCACCACCAUUAACAUCAACAGCAGCCGUAGCAACCAUGAAAAAUUCAUCAAAUCCUAUUUCUUACAGAAUGCUGUACGCCUUCAUCAUUUGGUCGCGUUUUACAUAUCAUCGAAGAUUUAAUUGAUCCCAUUACUCGUUAGUAGAGAGUUUUAUAGCUUUCUAUUUUGGCUCUCGUAUGUUUAUUCGUACGGUAUGCAUCAUGCCAAUUCACAUAAAACUGCUUAUCAUCCCUUUUGCCAACACAAUAUAUGGUUGCCUGUAUAUAUGUGUGUAUAUUUGUUAUUUUCGUUUUCUCCUUGGAAUUCAAUCGCAUUGCUCUUAUCACGAUUGGCAAGACCGGAAAUGGCAUAUAGCUCAAUUUUCUUCAAACACAAACACACACACACAUCACAUUCGUCAUGCAUUAUUAUAUUGGCAGUGAAAAUAUGUUUAUGACAUAAUGUCGCCGCGCUCAUUGAUUUAUAUUUUAUAAAUAAUUCAUCAUUAUGAAGAGCAUAAGAAUUUCCUCUUUUCCAACUUCCGUGCAUUACAACUGCGUAUGUACUGCUGUGUGAUUUUUUGAUUUACGCAAAUGUUGCUCGUUUGAAAACAACAACAAUGCAAAUUGAAGAGAGAGGGCGAACGGAAAAGAUACAAUACAACAAUAACCAUACAUGAAAUGUAAAAAUGAGAAAACGAAACGAACACAAAUAUACAUUUUCUUUACAUAUAUUUAUUGUAAUUCCUUUUUUUUCUCUUCUUUGGGGAUGUGAGGGGAGGGUUGAAGCUAAAAUAAAACUAACACGU